AUCCAUUUGGAGGUGCUGGUGGUAUGGGAUUUGAUUUUGAAGAUUUAUUUAGAGAAGCUUUCACAGGUCAAAGAGGAGGAUCUGGCCGUGGUAGAUCUGCUUACGUUACUGAACAUGUUGGUGAUGAUAUUGAAGUUUUGAAAACUAUUUCCUUCAAAGAAUCUAUUUUUGGUUCGAAAUUGAAAAUCAAUUAUAAAGCAGUUGAUUCUUGUAAUACUUGUCAAGGAAGUGGAUUAAAGAAAGGUAAGAAGAAAUCAACCUGUCCAACAUGUCAUGGUACUGGACAAAGUACUCAUAUUUUGGGAGGAUUCCAUAUGUCAUCUACCUGUGGUACUUGUCAUGGAUCUGGAGUUCAAAUUGCUAAAAAUGAUGAAUGUGGAACCUGUCAUGGUAAUGGAGUUGAAGAAAUUCCUAAGUCAACUGAAGUUGAAUUACCUCCUGGUAUUAAAGAUGGAUCAAGAUUAAGAAUUCCUGGUGCUGGUGAUGCACCAUUUGUUGCCAAAGAUGCUUAUAAUAGAACUAGAAGUGGUGAUUUGAUUAUUAGAGUAAGUGUAUCUAAUGAUUCAGUUUUUUCAAGAGAAAACAAUAAUAUUGUUGUUAAUCAAGAUAUUUUAAUGACAACCGCAGCUUUAGGUGGGGAAGUUGUUGUUCCAACCAUUGAUGGAGAAAAUAUUAAAUUGAAGGUUAGACCAGGAGUUCAAAAUGGUAGAAAAUUAACUAUUCCAGAUAAGGGGGUUCCAAUUAAUCGUAAUAUUAACAAUAGAGGUGAUUUAAAUGUUAUUUUAAAUGUCAAGACUUUAAUUCCAGAAACUCCAAUUCAAACUGCCUUAUUAGAAGCAUUAGCUGAUGCUUUCAAUGAUAAGAAUGCUAAGAGAACUGAUUCAGAUUGGAAAUUAGAUUUAGGUGAUGAUAAUAAGAAUGAUAAAACAAUAACAUAUGAUGAGAAUGAUUUACAUCCUUCACAUUUAAAUCGUAUUGGGAAAUUUUUAGGUAAAUUCUUUAACUUUGAAGGUAACUCCAAUAAUACUACUACUAAUAAUAAUAAUAAUAAUACUAAUAAUAACAAGGCAAAUAAAGACAAAUCUAAGAAAGAUAGCGGUGAGAAGCAAUAGAAGAGU